AUGGCACCCACGAUCUUCGUCACUGCUGCCACCGGCACCAUCGGAAACGCCGUAGCCCACGACCUCAUCAAGGCCGGCUGUGCCGUCAACACCACGACCCGCAACCCGGAGUCCCAAGCCGCAAAGGGCCUUGCCACCGCCGGAGUGAACGUGUUGACUGGCGACUGGGAUAACGAAGAGGUCCUGAAGCAAGCCAUGCUCGGUUGCGACGGGCUCUUCAUGAACCUAAUGCCCGACUUGGCGGACCUAACCUCGGACCUCAAGCAGGGCAGGAGGAUCCUCGCCAUCGCGAAGGCCGCCGGGGUCAAGCACGCCAUCUACUCGACCUCCGUGGGUGCCAACUAUCAGGGGACCCUGCCAUACUCGAGUCCUGGCGGUCUCUUCUCGACGCUCCUGAACACCAAGAAGACUCUUGAGGGUGAGGUCCGCAAUGCGGGAUUUGACAGCUAUACCAUUUUUCGACCAGGCGGGUUCAUGGCAAACUGGGUAGUGCCCAAGGUCGACUUCAUAUUCGCCGGUUUUGCCAAAACGGGCAUCAACACAACGGGCAUGAAGCCCGACAGCCUCCUGAGCUCGAUCGACGAGCACGAUGUCGCGGCGUUCGCCAUCGCCGCAUUCAAGGACCCGGCCCGGUUCGACAAGCAGGAGAUCGAGCUGUCGUCGGAGCUGCAGACGGUUGAGGAGGUGCUUCGGGAGCUGUCGGAGGCGACGGGCCGCGAGCUGAAGGCGGUGUACCUGACGGACGAGGAGAUUGCGGCCAGGGUCGGCAAGGAUCUGAUGCUGGAGUCCCAACUCAAUGCGAAUGCCAUGGUCAAGCUGAUCGAUAUGGCUAAGGUGAAGAAGUGGGGUAUUCCGCUUACCAGCUUCAAGCAGUGGCUCGAGAGGGAGAAGAACCAGGUCGAGAAGACGUACAAUCAUAAAUAG